UGUCCAUCCAUCCGCUGCAUUUGACUGACAGCAUCAUGGUGCAGCCGCAGAGGACCACGAUCUUGCUCAUGAUCUGCCUGGCCCCGCUGCUGUCCAUCGCAGCCUUCCGACCCUCCCCGUCUGCCUUUGUCCGCCAUGCAUCCUUCUCCCUCCAAUCGCCACAUAAACACACGAGGAGGCGGCACCGUCUUAUGCACAGCAGCCCGACGAUGCUCUCGCUGCCGCCAGUGCUUGAGGGCCUGCUCAAGCCGACGACGACAGGCAGACCGAGUUCGUUUGUUGAGAGGCGCGACGAGCGGCCCGAUGCGGGCAGGUUCUAUCUGAAUCCCUUCUGGGCGCCCUAUUUCACAAGGCCGACGUUAAGGCGGCAGCUUGAUGAGUGGACAUGGGUGUUCGAGCAGCGGCUGGGCCUCUUCAAUGUGAGUGAGAUCGUCAGGUGGGCAAAAGCGGAAGCGACGGCAGUGAAUGAAUGCGGCAGGAUGAAGCGGGUUUCCUCUUCUCGCUGUCUGUCUGUCUGUCUGUCUGUCUGGGUGUGUGUGACUGUGUGUGUGUGACUGCGUGUGGUUUAGGAUGACGGUGUUGCGGUUGGACAGUGGUGGGCUGUUUGUGUUCUCUCCCGUGGCGCCGACUGGCGAAUGCAUCGCACUGCUUAAUGUGGGCACUCCGACAAUCCGCCAGAUGUGCGUCGGUCACUGUGGUACUGGAUGGAUGGAUGGCUUCAGGACAUUGGCGGCGAGGUUGAGUACAUUGUCCUCCCGAGUGCUGCGCUCGAACACAAACUGUGUAUGUGAUCAACGAGGCGCUAUGUGUGUGCGUGUGUAUUCCUGAAUGAUGAGUUCGUCUUUUGUUCCUCCAUCUUUGCUAUGCCAUGCAGUCACCCAGAGCUUCGUCAAGAAGUACCCAAGGGCAGAGGUACACAUCGAUGAUGGCACUUUCACACACAUACAGCCAGCACCCAUGAUCUCCUUCUCCUCUCUCGUCAGGUCUUUAUCGCUCCCGGCCAGUUCUCAUACCCCUUCUCCCCUCCCGGCGGCCCGCUGGGCUUCACGCCAGACGGAGUGCUCACCAACGAUCUGAUAACACCAUUCAGCAACGAGAUAGAGCACGCAACUUUCCUGGCAUCGUCGGACGUCGGCAGUGCGGCUGAGGUGGCCAUGUUCCACAAAAGCAGUCGCACCUUACUGACCGUCGACAGCAUCGCUUUGAUCGACCGACGGCGGGAGGAGAGGCGAGACGUGAAGGCGCAGUGCAGCGCGCUGCAGGUGCGCGAUCGAGGGAGCGAGGAGCGAGUCGUUGUGUGUAUGAGCGCCGCCCUCGUUGUAUCCUUCUGUGUUGCAGGUGCUGUUCUUCCAGUGUGCGCCUGAUGUGAACCCAAGUGGCUUCUUUUACAACGUCCCCAGCAAGUACGACAACUGGUUCGAUCAGCUCGUGGUGCCGCCCACCGUCAGGAAAUGGGUGAACAAGGAAAUGAGAUCGCUUGGGAAGGGGUGGUGACGACUUGGCUCUGUGGCCGUCGGCAGGUGAUCGAGGUCAACCCUCAGACGACCAAGGAAUGGCUCGAUCGCAUCUCACGCUUCAAAUUCGACCGCAUCAUACCCUGCCACUUCGACGCGCCAAUCGCAGCAAACACGUAAGCCGACGCCUUCCUGCUGUGUGUGCUGUUGCCCCAUCCUUGCGCGUGUGUCUGUGUUGGUCAGUCGGGAUUUCCUCGCCAGCUUCUCGUUCUUGACUGACCGGAGGAAAGCCGACGCGACUUUUCGGCCUGGACUUGCACCUUUCAUUGAGAGUGUGGCGGAGAGCCUCCCCAAGGGACGGUGAUCGACGGUGACCUGUCAACCGACAGAGGGAGAGGUGCAAUGGGUGUCGAUCAGUGAGGGUGGAUGCAUUUACUGUCUUGGAUGGAUGGAUGGAUGGAUGGACUCUUCCACGCCAGCGACGGUUUGUGGUCUGAGUGAAUGAAGAUAAGGUUCAGUGCAUGCAAUGCAUGACUGAGGGACACUUUGUCCCUCCCUGUCAAGUCUGUCUACUGAGACGUACGCAUGUCAUCUCAUGUAUGUCUCACGCUACCUACACGCUAUCGAC